AUGGAAGCUCCAGAAUGGUUAUCAAAUGCCGUUGAUUUAGGUACAUCAAUUAUGGCAGUUGCUUACAACGGUGGUGUUGUUAUGGGUGCAGACUCAAGAACUACUACAGGAUCAUAUGUUGCCAAUCGUGUAACCAACAAGAUUACACCGAUCCACGAAAAGAUUUAUUGUUGUAGAUCAGGUUCCGCUGCCGAUACUCAAGCAAUCUCUGACUAUGUUAGAUACUAUCUUGAAAUGCAUAACUCUGAACUUGGAGACGAUCCAGAUGUAAAAACAGCAGCAUCACUAUUUCAACUACUUUGCUAUAACAACAAGAAUAACUUGUUGGCCGGUAUCAUUGUAGCCGGUUGGGAUAAGCACAAUGGUGGAAGCGUUUACAAUAUUUCACUGGGUGGAUCGAUGGUCCAACAGCCAUUUGCCAUCGGUGGUUCCGGUUCAACCUACAUCUAUGGUUACUGCGAUUCUAAAUUUAAACCAGAUAUGACAAAAGAUGAAUGUGUAGAAUUUGUAAAGAACUCGUUGGCACUUGCUAUGUUUAGAGAUGGAUCAUCAGGUGGUGUUAUUAGACUUUGUGUCAUCGAUAGUAAUGGUGUAGAAAGAAGAAUGAUUCCAGCUAAUGAACUUCCAAGAUUCUGGGAGGAGAGAGAGUUUGUUUAUUUACUUAUUAAAAACACAACAAAAACCAACCAACCCAAUCCACAUCCAACUUAUAUAGAGAUAGAUUGUGAUUAUUGUUGGCUUAGAUCAAAUCAUCAACUUGUAACAUUAUCAACGACAACAACAACAACAGCAAAUUCAUUAGGCGUAUUUUAUAUAUUCACAUUGUUAGAGACCAUCCUCGACCGUAAUCAAUACACUCUUGAGGAGUUGUUGGACGAAGAUGAAUUCCUACAAGAAUGUAAAUUACAAAAUCAAAGAUUAAUUGAUUAUCUUGUCAAACCUGAACAACUUGGAUUGUUGUUCGAGUAUGUCACUAAAGAGGCACCGGAAGAAGCCGAUAGAAAGCGCAAAGAGUCAUACCCCUAUUUGGCUUCAGAGAUUCUCUGUAUGGAUAUCCCUGCUUUGAUCGAUGCCGUCUAUAAAGAUGAAAACAAAUAUCUUUCACAGUUGUAUGAGAUUUUGGACCAACCAAACUUUAACCUUUCGCUCUCCUCCUAUAUCAGUAAAGUUGCCAUCAACUUUUUAGGUAGAAAGACCAUUGAGACUAUGUCUUAUAUUAAGAAGCAAGAAAACAUUAUUGAUAAAUUCAUUCAACACCUCGACAAAUCACCAGUCGUUGAGAUCCUACUCAAGAUCAUCAGCAUAGAAGAAUUCCAAGGUGGCGCCGGUACUUUGGAGUGGUUGGAUAAAUCCGAUUUAAUUGGUGGAAUCGUUGCCAAAUUCGAUCCAUCUUUGGAUUCAGAGUUCCACGAGAAUGCAUCAUUCAUUCUAUCUGAGAUUGUAGAGUUGAACAACUCCUAUACAGAAUCACCAUUGAUUGUCAAGUUGGAGGGUGAAGAAAUGAUUAAGAAACUUUACAAUUUUAUUUUAAAUGAUGUACCAUUGGGAACCAGUUUCCUCCAUGGUCUGACGGUUAUAAUUAAGUUAUUGAGAAGACAUAAAGAGAACAAUACCAACGAUAAUACAGCCACACCACUCGAAGAAUUGGGUUCAUUGUUCAGAGAGUCACUCAUCCAUAUCCAAGACUUGAAUGAGAUGCUAAAGAAGACCACCGAAGACAGUUUUACCACCACUACCGGUCCACUCUCACCACCACUCGGUUUCUACAGAUUAAAAAUUAUCGAGUUCUUUGCCGACUUGAUCAACUCUCGUUAUUUAUGUAUUGAUAAAAAGUUUAUGGAACUUGCUAUUCUUACUUCAUGUUUGUUAUUAAAAGACUCCAAGCUUGUCGAAAGAAUUAUUCAAGGAGACGAAGAUAAUACCAAUGAAACUAAAAAAGAAAAGGGUAUCAGAUAUGGUUAUAUGGGAUUUUUGAAUCACAUUGCUCGUGUUAUUAAUGAAUCAAGAGAGAAUCCAACUGUUAAGGAAUGUACCGAUGAAAAUCCAAGAUGGGCAUCAUUUGUAAAGAAUUCAUUGCAGCCAGUCCUAAAUUUGGAGAGUGAGCCAUUGGGUGAUUUCAAAUUGAGUUUGAUGAUGCAACCAGAGGUCGAGGACGACGACGAUGAUCAGAUUUACGAUAAUGACAACGAUAGUUUUGCCUAUAACCAAGGAUUCAUGGACAACAACUACCACCAACAAAAUCACAUCUCCUAUGAGGACGACGACGAAGACGAGUACGAUCAUCAAUAUAAGAACGAUCAAGACUACGCAGAUGACGACGCUGAAUUUAAUGAGAACCACAGUGAACACUUCAACCAACAAAAUAACAUCAACACCAACACUAACACUACAGAAGAGAAUCAACAACAACAACAUGAAGAAGAAGUAGAAGAAGAAGAAGAAGUAGAAGAAGAAGUACAACAACAAACACCAACACCAUCACCAUCAACAACAGAGAGCACAGCAGCAACUGACAACCAAUCACCACCCGCUUCCUCUGAUCUAUAA